AUGGACUCUAAACCUCUCAACAAAGCUUUUACCAAAAUCGAUCUCGAUGGUCACAACCUACCGCCGUCACCCGCCCCCUCGAGUCCAUCUAAUGGUCGUCGACGUUAUGCUCUAGCCACUGAGCUUGUUUAUACCGAGACCAAAGACCAAUACGGUGCAUCAAGCAUCCCAAUAUAUCAAUCCGCUACAUUCAAGCAAACAUCUUCCAGUGGCGGAAAUGAAUACGACUAUACCCGGUCGGGUAAUCCAACCCGGACGCAUCUGGAGCGACACAUGGCCAAGAUUAUGAAUGCUAACCGAGCUCUUGCUGUUGGCUCUGGCAUGGGUGCUUUAGAUGUUAUCACUAGAUUGUUGCGCCCUGGAGAUGAGGUGAUCACAGGCGACGACCUCUAUGGGGGUACCAACCGGCUACUUACAUAUCUAUCGUCGAAUCAAGGCAUCGUUGUCCACCAUGUGGAUACCACAGACGUCGACAGGGUACGGGAGCUCGUCUCGGACAAAACAGCCAUGGUACUCUUGGAGACACCAACCAACCCCUUGAUCAAGAUUGUCGAUAUCCCCAGCAUCGCGAAAGCUGUUCACGACGCUAACACAAAGGCCCUCGUCAUCGUGGACAACACCAUGCUAUCGCCUAUGCUUUGCAAUCCCCUUGAACUUGGUGCCGAUAUAGUGUACGAGUCAGGGACCAAGUACUUAUCAGGCCACCAUGAUAUAAUGGCCGGCAUAAUUGCAUGCAACGAUACUGCCAUCGGUGAUAAGAUGUAUUUCACUAUCAAUGCAACCGGUUGCGGCCUAGCCCCAAAUGACUCCUUUCUUCUUAUGAGGGGCGUUAAGACCUUGGCAAUUCGCAUGGAGAAGCAACAAGCAAAUGCACAGGCAAUUGCAGAGUUCCUCGAGUCUCACGGAUUUCGUGUACGGUACCCAGGCCUAAAAUCUCAUCCGCAGUACGAUCUUCACUGGACUAUGGCACGCGGCGCUGGGGGUGUCCUAUCGUUCGAAACCGGUGACAUCGCCUUAUCUGAGAGAAUUGUCGAGGCUGCAAAGUUGUUUGGGAUAAGUGUCAGCUUUGGGUGCGUCAACAGUCUAAUCAGUAUGCCGUGUCGUAUGAGCCAUGCCAGUAUCGAUGCAAAGACUAGAAAGGAGCGGCAGUUGCCCGAGGACAUCAUUCGACUCUGCGUUGGCAUUGAAGAUGUCCAUGAUCUGAUUGACGACCUCUCUCGUGCACUCGUACAAGCUGGUGCUGUAACAAUCACACUGGAUGGGUUCCAUGCCGUAGAACCUACUGCGCAAGUGGGAGGGACAAACUCGAGCAACGAUACCCCGUCUGAGACUACUUCAUCUUAA